AUGACUGAAAUCGCAAGAUUCGAGCAGUUUGGAAGCAACACAUCUCACAAUGGAACUCCGACUCUGGAUAAUGCCAGAGACUGGUUUAGGUGGAAUCAGAAGGUCAACGAGUUCAUUCGAAUGUCCGCCGUUGCCGACGAUGGAGCGACUUCACCAAUAGAAGAAGAUGAAGAAGCACGGCAAUGGAUUCACCGCCAAAAGUUCUAUUCUGCGAUGAUCACGGCAAAGUUGACAGACAAUGCGACGCAAAUGAUAAAUGCCUUUGAGAUUUCUCAAGUUCAAGCACUGCUUCAGACAGUCAAAUACAACUUCAAACUAGAAGGCUCUGGCACCGGACAUUUCUCUUCGUGCAUGCACUCGGCCCUGAAUGAGAGCUUCCGUGAUUAUAUCUUCCGGCAAAUGGACCUUUUCAACGAAAGGGACGCAAAUGGGAAUGUCACCAAAGCGGCGCCCACAUUCGACUAUAUCGAGAACAAGGCAAUUGCGGAAGAGCAUCGGAAGGGGCAAUUGGGCAAACAAGCAAUGGAGACGCAAGCACUUUCUGCUCUUGCCCUAGUCCGUAAGCCAGGUGACAAGAAGCUCAUUCCUUCGUCGGACGGUACUACUUGUCGAAUCGAGAUCGAUAACGUCCCAUAUUGCUCCUUCUGCCGAAAACCUUAUCACGUCGACUCCGAAUGUUUCGCCCAGAAUCCGAAACUGAAGGUCCAAAAGAAAGACGGAGACGGACCAAAGCCAAGGCCUGGCAGAAUAUAUACAGACACACGCAAACACUCGAAGAUGAGGCCCUCGACGGACGACGAGGAUGACGAUGCGGGAGGCCCAAAGGACCCGAAGAAACUAACUUUCAUGGCAAGGAAAGCCUCUGAGAAGAAUGUCAACGAAGCCUUUGGAAAAGGUAUCGAGGGCAAUUUCGCUCUGUCUGACUAUGUCCCUAUAAUAAUGGCGAUAAGGACCCUCUCUAUCCGCGGCGCGUGGAUCGUGGAUAGUGGAUGCGCUCAGUAUGUCUGCAAUAGCGCCUCGGGGUUUGUCCAAAUGACCAAGUAUCAUGGCCUAUCACUAAGAGGCGUUGACACCUCAACGGCUCCCUCGGGAGUGGGAACGGUGAAUAUCCUAUGCAAUUCAAACGGAAAGAAUCUGUUUACUGCCAGCGAAUACCAUAGAGUCUAUGCACUCGAUCUGUGGGCAAAUCUGACUUUCACCUCUUACUAUGUUAGUUUGCAAAUGUCUCUGUGGAACAACCGGCUUGCCCAUUUGAGUGAUGCAAACCUUCGGCGACUUAAGCAGCAGAGUCAUGGUGUCCGGGAAAUGGAGCCACGUCAUCUAUGCAAUCCGUGCCUGCAGGGGCGAAUGAUCGAAGAAUCCCACAGCAGACUAAGAGGCAGCAGGAGAGAAGAACACGCAAUGAACCUCCUCUAUAUUGACGUCGCGGGGGCAUUUGAUGAGGGCCUUAAUGGCAGCCGUUACUGGCUGACCAUCGUUGACGACUUCACGAGCUGGAUCGAGCUUAUUCCUAUACCACGAAGACAACACUUCGUCAUAGAAUCACUUCGGUUCGUCCUCGACCAUAACGAACGCCCCGAGCGAAAGUGCAGACGAAUACGUCUCGACCGGAUAUCUGAACAAGUGGGAGACGAGAUGAAGUUCAUGUUGUUCUCGUGCGCAAUCCAAGCUGAGAUCGCAGCGUCGUCUCAGCCGAGUGACGAUGACUCGCAGCCAAUCGUGCUGUACAGGGAGACAGGAACUUGUCGUCCACACGAGAUGACGACGCCCUCGGACCUCUAUCACCUGUUCAUCAUGAAUCUGUCCUUUGGGUUGGGUCAACACUCGGUGGCGACCAGUAACAACAACCAGGGUCAAUUUCAGGAGAAUGGCAACGAUUUCCAGAGCUCUACUGGCCAGUCCAUGAAAUUCAACAAGGAGCAUUAG